UCUUCAACGUCACCGCUAUCAAGCUGUCAUUUUUCCUUUAUCGCCAAAAAUGUGCCGAAGUGUGGAGUGGUUUGGAACAAUGCUGCUCCAAAAUAAUAAAUAUAGUUCCAGUUGCUGUCACCCAUGUUUCAAGAUUGGAGUGGCUUAAAAAAAAUACAGGUGAUUUACCCACUGAAGCACUACAAACAGCAGAUUUUGUUCAUCUAAUAGAUCAGUUUGAUUUUCUCAACGGUUCAACUUUGAAGCCACAGCAUGGUAAGAAAUUUCGAUGUGCAUUAUCCAUCGACAUAUCAAAGGUUAUGGACCUGCCGUUCGCGUUUGGAAUUGACGCCGGCGCAGUGCAAGAGAGACAGCACGUGAAGGAUAGAGCUAACGCGGGCAAAUGUCGUACGUUAAGGGGCCUACAGACACACGAACAUGUAUUAAGACAUGAACGCACGGCGAUGUUUGCGCAGUGAUACCCGUCGAUCUACUUUUAGCUCCACACAUAGAGACUUGUGUGUCAGUUUUCUCCACGUCGAUGUUGUAGUUUGUCGCCAUGUCUAGCGAUGAUGAGUUAAACUUACUAGCAGUGGCGUGCGUUUGUAUUGUGAAAAAAAGAAAACAUCAAUUGAAAAAGAGACGUCAGCCACGAAGAAAAUGGGUUAAAGAUUGGCUUUUGAAGCCAAUAUUCUCACAUCAAUUUACUUGAAGAGCUACGAUUAGAACCUGAUGAUUGGCGAAACUACCUCCGGAUGGAUGAAGAUAGUUAUAUAAAACUCCUAGAGAUGGUUUCGCCACUUAUUGAAAAACAGAACACACCGAUGAGACCCGCUAUAUCGGUACAUGAAAGACUGUCGGCCACAUUGAGGUAUUUGGCCACUGGGAGGAAUUAUGAAGAUUUAAAAUUUUCUACCCUGAUUUCUCCACAGUCAUUGUGCAACAUAAUUCCAGAGACAUGCAGCGCUAUUUAUGAAGUACUGAAGAAAGACUAUAUGAAGUAUACCCAAGGAUCCCGCAAGGAGGAAACAGUGGUUAGUUGCCAUAAGAAGGGAGAAUUUUAAUCCGAGUGAUAGGACAGUUAUAUGCGAAAAUCACUUUACAAAGGACGAUUUUGAGCUGAAUGUACAUGGAAAUACAGUUCUCAAGAAAACUGCAGUGCCUUCUGUUUUUAAUUUCCCCGUACAUUUACAGCAAAAAGUAGUAAUAAGGAGACCUUUAAAACGAAAGAUAUCUGAUAACAAAGAACAUGGUGCUAUUGCCAGUACAUCAGGCAUAAAUACUGAACCAGUAUUAGGAGUUAUGUCAAGUGAAUCUGUCAGUGCUGAAAAUGAGGAUAUAGAUUCUGAGCAACCUACUACUACAUCUCAAAUGGAAUUCCCUAAAAGAAGACGAAGAGAUCCAAUUUUCUUUGGGGACUUCAAAGAAAGUGAUUUAGAUGAUGUGCAGAAGAGAAAAAGAUUUUGGAAGGUAGCUCAUCAUACUAUAGCAAAGUCUAGGAGAAAUAUCAGGUAUUAUCAGUGCAUAGCCAGAAGACAAAAGAAGAAGAUAAAAAGCCUUAAUUUAUUGUUGGACGAAUUGAUGGAAAAAGAGAAAAUUUCAUCACAGCAGCUCAUGGUAUUGAAGGAAAGUAUUCCUGAAGUACAAAAAGCCAUACUGUUUAGGCACCUCAAAAAGGGCAUCAAAGGAGGAAAAUAUAGCCCUCAACUGAGAUGCUUUGCUUUAACAUUAAAUUUUUAUUCUUCUUCUGCAUAUCAGUAUGUUAGAAAAGUGUUUGGCAAAAAUUCUCUCCCGCAUCCUAGAACACUAACAAAAUGGUAUUCUACUGUAGAUGGUACACCGGGGUUUAGUGCAGAAGCAAUACGGGCUGUCAAAAUGAAAGUUGACAUUAAAAAAGGAAAAGGAAAGCAACUAGCAGGUCUUGUGAUUGACGAGAUGUCCAUUCGUGAGCAUGUACAUUGGACUGGUAGUAGGAAUGUUGGAUACAUUGAUUAUGGAACUGGUAUGCAGAAUAGUGACCAAUUACCACAUGCAAAACAUGUAUUUGUGAUAAUGCUUGUAGGUUACAAUACAAGGUGGAAGGUUUCCAUUGCCUAUUUUUUAGUAGAUGCUUUAUCUGCUGAAGAAAAGGCAAUGUUAAUUAAAGGGUCUUUCCUUCAGUUGGAAACAACUGGGGUGCUGAUUAAAAGUAUCACAUUUGAUGGGUGUGCAUCCAACAUUUCGAUGGCAAAUUUGCUGGGAGCAAAGCUCAGUUUUCCUGGAAUGAAACCAUAUUUCAUAAACCCAGUGAAUAAGGAAAAAGUACAUAUCAUUUUGGACGCAUGCCACAUGAUUAAAUUAGUACGUAAUACUUUGGGUGAUUGGGGCAUAUUAUGUGAUGGAAAUGGAGACUCCAUUAAAUGGUAUUAUUUUAAAGAACUGGUGAAGCUGCAAGAGGAAUCAGGGCUUCAUUGUGCCACUAGACUAAGGUCUCGACAUAUUAACUAUUACAAAGAAAAAAUGAAAGUGAAGCUUGCUGUCCAGACCUUUAGUGCUAGUGUUGGUGAUGCCCUAGAAUACUGUAAUCAGGACUUGAAUAUUACAAAAUUUAGAGGUAGUGAAGCAACUGUUUCUUUCUGUCGAAAAAUUAACAAUAUUUUUGACGUUUUAAAUGUUAGAAAUUUCUAUGGGAAAACUCCUUGUAAAAGGCCUCUUUUCAAGGGAAACAGCGAAACCUUCAAAAAUUUUAUCAAAGAAUCUGUAGAAUAUUUAAGUUCAUUGACAGAUCAAAAGCACGAUAAAGUAACUUAUAAGCUAAGUCAAGAUCAUCUUGAAAUGUUUUUUUCAGCAAUCCGUUCAAGGGGAGACUUUUCGAACAACCCGACUGCCUGGCAUUUCGAAAAUGCAUAUAAAAGACUCUUAAUUCAUAGUGAAAUAACUACCUCAGAUAGUACAAAUUGUCUGGCACAGGACAAUACCUCGAUUUUAAAUGUUACCAUUGAAAGCAAAAAUAACUCAAUUUUUACUACUGACUUAUUAUAUGAACAGACAGAAUCUUCAGAUGCGGAAGAUGAGUUAUUCAUUAAAAACUAUAACACAAUUGCCAACUGCACAUAUAUUUGUGACAUUGUUGAGUAUAUUGCUGGGUUUAUCAGCAAGAAAUUAGUUAAAGCAUUAAAUUGUAAUGAAUGUGCUAAUGCUUUAACUUCGGACAAUUCUUUGUCGCUGCUUUUAAAUAAAAAAAAUCGAGGAGGUCUCUGUAAGCCAUCCAGAGAUGUUGUGAAAGUGUGCAUAUGUGCAGAAGGCUUAAUCAAAUGAAACUCAAUUUCGACACACUAUUCGUUGGC